GCUACGUUUGCCCUGAUAUUCUCAAAGAAUUCAUAAAAUAUGAUACGGAUGGCUCAAAGUGGUUGAAAACUUAUCAUGGUAUUAAUAAUAUCACCAAGAAAGAGUUUGUCGUCGACGUAGGAUACGAACGUUUCCUUGGUCCAGAAAUUUUCUUCCAUCCUGAGUUCGCUAAUCCGGACUUUACUACGCCUAUUUCGGAUAUAAUCGAUAAUGUUAUACAACAGUGUCCCAUCGAUGUUCGUCGAGGCUUAUAUGAAAAUAUUGUUUUAUCAGGAGGUUCCACAAUGUUCAAGGAUUUCGCUCGUAAACUUCAACGAGAUAUCAAGCGAAUCAGUGAGAAUAGACUGGCUCUUAGUGAAGCUCUGAGUGGCGGACAUCUAAAGCCUGAAUUCUAUAAAGUAUCACAUACGAAAGAAGAAUAUAUGGAAAGAGGUCCUUCCAUUUGCCGGCACAAUCCCGUCUUUGGAGCGCUCACAUAA